GGGGCCUGCCCUCCCCCCCUCCAGGCUAUGAUGAUUCUGCAAUUAAUCAUGUUUGCUCUGGUGACAGGGCAUAUAUGGGGAGAGACCAGGAUCAACAAAGGCUAUGAGUGCUCUCCUCAUUCCCAGCCGCCCUGGCAGGUGGCUUUGUUCCAGAAGACACGGCUGCUCUGUGGGGCGACCCUUAUCGCCCUCAAAUGGCUCCUGACAGCAGCCCACUGCCACAAGCCAUGGGUCUGAUAUGUAGCUCAUCUGGGAGAACACAAUCUCCAGUGACGGGAUGGCUGUGAGCGCACCCGAGCAGCCACUGAGUCCUUCCCCCACCCAGACUUCAGCAGCAGCCUGCCCAACAAAGCCCACUGCAAUGACAUCAUGCUGCUGAAAAUGGCGGCCCCAGCCUUCAUCAUCUGGGCUGUGGGACACAGUGUGUAAUCACACUGUGUCACUGCUGGCACCUGCUGCCUCAUUUCCGACUGGGGCACCACGUCCAGCCCCCAGUUGCACCUUCCCCAUACCUGGUGAUGUGCCAACAUCACCAUCCUCCAGCACAAGGGGUGUGAGGACGCCUACCCUGGGAACAUCCCAGACACCAUGGGAUGUGCCAGCGUUCGAGAAGAGGGCAAGGACUCUUGCCAGGGUGAUUCUGGGGGCCCACUGGUCUAUAAUGGGUCUCUUCAAGGCAUCAUCUCCUGGGGCCAGGAUCCAUGUGCUGUCAGCAGAAAGCCCAGGGUUUACACAAAGGUCUGCAAAUAUGUGGACUGGAUCCAGAAGACUAUAGAGAACAAUUAG